ACCGAGCCUGGAACGCCCACCCUCCGCUCCUCUGCACCCGGCUCCAAUCUGUUUGCGUGGCCGGGCUACAUCGACCUCACCCAUAUUUCGGACGAGAUUACAGGGGAAAUUGCAGUUCUCCUAUUCGGCAUCCCACUAGGAAAAAAAGGCCCUUUCUAGGUCGUGAUGGCUCUGCCCAGGACCCAGUCCUUGCUUCUGCUCUUGGUCCUGGCCUUGCUGGGGCUAGAGCUCGUGCAGCCCUCCUAUGGACAGGAUCGAAUGUACCAGCGGUUCCUGUGGCAGCAUGUUGACUCUCAGCAGACCGGAGGCAGUGACAGCUACUGCAACCUGAUGAUGCAGAGACGGAAGAUGACUUCUCAUCAUUGCAAACGCUUCAACACCUUCAUCCACGAAGACAUCUGGAACAUUCGUAGCAUCUGCAGUACUGCCAGUAUCCAGUGCAAGAAUGGCCAGAUGAACUGUCACGAGGGUGUACUGAAGGUCACAGACUGCAGAGAGACAGGGAGCUCUAGGGCUCCCAACUGCAGAUACAGGGCCAGUGUCAGCACCAGGCGGGUUGUCAUUGCCUGCGAGGGUAACCCAGAGGUCCCGGUGCACUUUGACAGAUAGAUAGAUGCCACCCUGCAGCUGCUACAGCUAGUAACUGCAGUUGGCCUUGGAGGAAGUGACAAUAGCAAUGAGGGAUGCAUCGAAGGCCUCGGGCUUUGUUCCCAUUGCUCAUGCCGUAUACCCAUGUAUACCCUAUAUAUCCCAUUGUAUUGAAUGGAGAGGAGGGAAACCUCUCCUCACAGCCUGACUCCCAGAGUAUCCUCUGACGCUUGCAUCACAUGUAUUUAGACAGUAUUACAACUGUCACAAAGUGCCUUCUUAGUUUAAUCUGUCUCAUUCCAGUGCCCUAACCCCCUACCCCAUGCCUAUUCUGCUACGUUAUUCAGACUUUUAGAGUUAAAGAUUUUGAAGACCAUGAAAACAUUGGAAAUUCUCAGAUAAAAAUCCAACUGAGGGCUGGAGAGAUGGCUCAGAGGUUUAGAGCACUGGCUGCUCUUCCAGAGGUUCUGAGUUCAAUUCCCAGCAACCACAUGAUGGCUCACAACCGUCUGUAAUGAGGUCUGGUGCCUCUUCUUCUGACCCACAGGCAGACAUGCAGACAGAGUAGUGUAUGCAUAAUAAAUAAAAAAAUUUAAAAAAGAAUUUGGAAAUUACAUGCCAACAAAUUAAAAGAUACGAGUUGUUUGAUAUUAAUUAUGGUUUGUGGCUACUAAGAUUUUUAAAAUGCUAUAUCAAAAAAGAUAGUAGGUCACCAAGAUUUUUUACUCUCCUUAAUUGAAAGAUUUUCUGUAUGUUCCUUAUAAUAAAGAGGUAUCAGCUGAA